AUGUUUGCUGCUUAUGCAUGGACAUUGAGCUUUUCAGACGAGCCGUACCAUGGCCUCAACCUCAAGGCUAAUUAUGCCUUUCACGAAUCGACAGAAACAUACACGUCCGUCAAAGGUUGGGUAGUCGUCACCAGUAUACAGGACAGUGCUCGUAUCAGUAUCCCGCGACUGACGUACAGCGGCGUUGAGGAUACCCACGUUAGAUAUCUUUUGAGGACUGGUGCGGCCUUCCUAUCCUUUGAGGACGGUGUAUCAAUCCAAAGGAGCCCAAAUGAGGGUUGCCUCACCUUGAGUGGGUAUGACAAAUGCCUCAGCUCUGUGAGCAUUGGUGAGUGCUCUGGGAGCACUCGCGGAAGCCCUCGCGGGAGCGUUCGCGGGAGCGUUCGCGGGAGGCAUUCGCGGGGCAUGGGUGCCGUGAGAGCAUUCGCGUGCCGUGAGAGCAUUCGCCGUGCCGUGAGAGCAUUCGUCGUGCCGUGA